AUGAAGAUCAAAGAAGUUAGAAUCAACGGCUUCCGGAGCUACAAGGACAAUACUCAUGUCUCCGGUUUCAGUCCUCGUUCUAAUGUUGUUGUUGGUAGAAAUGGAUCUGGAAAAUCGAAUUUUUUCCAUGCGAUUCAAUUCGUUCUUUCCGAUGAAUACGCACAUUUGAAGGAAGAACAACGACUUGGUUUGCUUCAUGAAAGUACUGGUCCAAAAGUUGCUCAUGCUCGUGUGGAAAUCACUUUUGAUAACUCUGAGAAACGUUUGAUGGCUUUCGAUAAUACGGAAGUGAAGAUUGUUCGCCAGGUUGGAAAAAAGAAAGAUCAGUAUUACAUUGAUAAUAAAAUGGUUCCACGAGCUGAGGUUGUCAACCUUAUGGAAUCGGCUGGUUUCUCUCGAUCCAAUCCGUACUAUAUUGUGAAACAAGGAAAAAUCAACGAAUUAGCAACAUCUCCGGAUACAUACAAACUCAAAUUGCUAAGAGAAGUAGCUGGAACAAGAGUUUAUGACGAGAGGAAGGAAGAAAGUCUUAAAAUUCUGAAAGAGACAAGAAUGAAAACUGAAAAAAUCGAUGGUCUUCUUAAGUAUAUCGACGACCGCCUUCAAACUCUUGAAAACGAGAAAGAAGAUUUGAGGGAAUAUCAGAAGUUGGACAAGACAAAACGAAGCAUAGAGUACACUAUGUAUGACAACACAAACAAGGAAGCGAUAAAAGAAAAAACUAAAUUAGACGAGCAGAAGCAUGAACUUGUUGCAAAAGCCAACGAAGUGAAAAGUCAGUUGGUUGAAGUUUCUAGCGAAUUGGCAAAAACUAAAGCUGGAAAGAAAAAGUUGGAUGCUCAGGGAAGAACACUUCGGGACGAUAAGGAAUCAUUACAAGCUGAGGAAACUAAAAUGGUUGAAGAAAAGAUGACUCUUAAAUUGGAAAUUGAUUCUUUAACUGAAGAAAGUACCAGAGAACGUCAAGGUCGUCAAAAUGCAGAAAGCUCCCUCCAAAGCAUUACGGACGAAAUCUACAAAAACGAAAACGAUUUGGAAGCUAUCAAGCCGGAAUAUGCUAGACUCGUAGAAGAAGAAUCUCGACUCAAUACUGAUAUUCGUAUCGAUGAAGCACACAUCAAAGAGAUUCUUGCUAAACAGGGACAACGAAGUCAAUAUACAUCAAUUGAAGAACGUGACAAAGCUCUUCGUAAUGAAAUUCGUCGAUUUGCUGGCCUCAUCGCGGAUAAUCAAGAACAAGAGCGAACUGUUCAGAAAGAAUUGGAAGAUGUGGAGAAAGAAGAUGAGAAAUUGAAUAAUGAGAUCAAAAAUAUCAGCCAAGAAAUAGAAGAAAACCGUUUGCAUAUGGACAAUUAUGGCAGUAAAACUCCAGCUUUGAAGCAAGAAUACGACAAUGCUUAUAGUGCUUUGAAUACGGCUUCACGUGAAGAAAAAUCUAUUCGAGAUAAAAUCUCCGAUCUGGAUCAGGAUGUUUCGGCUGCAAACGAUCAAAUGAGACGGCUUGUGGCACGGCCAAUCUAUAAUGGAAUGACUGGUGUUCGUAAGGUGAUCGACGAAUUCAAAAGUGAAAAUAGAAACGGACAGCAUGAUGAUGUUAUCAAUGGCUAUCAUGGAACUCUCAUUGAUCUGAUUGAAGUCAAUGCAAUGUUCAUAACGGCUUUCGAAGUGAUCGCACAGAAUCGUCUGUUCUAUCAUGUCGUCGAGACUGAUCGUAUUGCCACAAAAAUAUUGAAAAAAUUCAAUGAGUUGCAACUUCCUGGCGAGCUCAAUUUCUAUCCGUUGAAUCGAGUCAACGCUCCAAGAGAGAAAAACUUCGGAAAACGACCUAACGCUCGCCCACUUCUGGAAGUUGUAGAUUAUGACGCAAAAUUCGAUAAAGUUGUUCAGUCUAUCACAGCUAAUGUUAUUGUUGUUCGCGCUCUGGAUCAGAGUGCACGCGAUAUCCGUAACGAGCAAUACGAUGUUGUUACUGCUGAUGGAGAUCAAAUGUCCAAAAAAGGAGUAAUGACGGGAGGAUUUAUUGAUAAGAAAAGAAGCAAGUUGGAAAUCCACAGCAAGAAGAUGAUCAUUAUGAAAGAACUCAGUGUACAUCAUGAACAACUGAAACUUGCGGAACAGAACGUUCGAGACAAGACUCGUGCUGCAGAACAAGUCAGAAAUCGUAUGACUCAAAACGAAAACCAAAUAAGUGAUUUCCAUCGGAGACAUCGUGAAUUGACAGAAGCCAAAAACGCUAUUAGUCAACAAUUUUUCAUGAUUGCAAAAACAAAAGAACCGAAGAUGAAUCAGCUUAUUCAAAUCAGAAAUCGUCUUCGUGAAUUGGUUGCUCAAAAAGAGAUUCUCGAGCAGGAGAUUGGAUCUGCCAUGAGUUCUCAGCUGACUGAUGGCGAACAACAGAGUGUCAGAGAACUCAGAAGAAAAGUCGAUCAAAUGAAGCAGGAAUUAGCUGAUGUUGCUCGUCGCAGAAUGGAUUUGAUGCAUCGCAAAAAUGCCAUUGAGAAUCUUUUGACGAAAAAAUUGUAUAAAACAAAAGAAAAUCUUACGGCGCGUGUUGACGACAUCUCUGAUAACGAGCGCCGUCAUAGAUUGGACAAUGCAAAUGCUCAAUACAAUUCACUUAUCUCUCGAAUGGAGAAUGUUCGCGAACAACUCGAAAGUGCAAUCAACGAACUUCAAGAGUUCGAAUCAAAAGAAAAAGCUGUUCAACGACAAUUCGAAAAUUACAUGGAUAUACAGAGAGAUCUAGAGAAACAACAAUCUGAUUUCCAACUCCAGUUAGACAAAAUAGCGGCGAAAGAAGAUGAAGUUAAGCAGAAAAGAGAAGAUAGUUUGAAAAAGAUGCGUCUUCUCGGUGCUCUUCCAACAGACACUUUCUCGAAAUACCAGAAUGUGAAACCACGUGAAUUGGAGAAAAAGUUGAUUGAAUGUGUGAAUGAGUUGAAAAAAUACGAAAAUGUGAACAAAAAGGCACUUGAUCAGUACAUGACCGCUUCAAGCCAAAAGGAAGACUUGACUAAACGAAUGGCGGAACAAAAGAAAAGUGAAGAUUCUAUCGAAGAAUUGCUGAAAGUUCUUGAGAACAGAAAAUAUGAAGCUAUCGAUUUGACUUUCAAGCAAGUGAAGAAGAACUUCGAACAAGUUUUCAAACAAUUGGUUCCUCAUGGAAGCGGAAAAAUGUCAUUGCGUAUGCGUGACCACCGUGAAGGUGAAGAACCAAGUGCUCACAAAGUAGAAAGUUACGAAGGAAUUGUCGUAAUGGUUUCAUUCGUUUCUGAUGAUGGUGAAUCGGAAACUCGAGAAAUGACGCAACUAUCUGGAGGACAGAAGUCACUUGUUGCUCUCGCUAUCAUUUUUGCUAUUCAAAAAUGUGACCCCGCUCCAUUUUAUCUUUUCGACGAAAUCGAUGCUGCUCUUGAUGCUCAGCAUAGAAAAUCUGUAGCUGAAAUGAUUCAGUCUCUAUCGGACCAAGCCCAAUUCGUCACGACUACUUUCCGCCCUGAGUUGCUUGCCACUGCCGAAAAGUUCUACGGAGUUCGUUUCCGCAACAAAGUUUCCCACAUCGAUGCUGUCACUCGUGAACAAGCCUACGAUUUCGUUGAAGACGAUACAACUCAUGGAUAA